AUGGCUGUUGAUCUCAUGCUUCUCACCGGAAACAAGGGUAUCAAGAAGCUCAAACGUCGAACUGAGUUACAGGAGUACUUUGAGGCCGUUACAAUUGGCCUCCGCAACCCCGAUCCUGAAUACCAAAGCCUUCUAACAAUCGGUAGCAAUGAUGAGAUAUCUGGGACGCUUGACAGGUUCCGGCCGUAUGGGCCCACCAUCUUAAAAGAUCACUCAUAUCCCGGCAUACAAGGGUGCAUUAUUCAGCUCGGUGCCGGCGAGAGAGCAUUUGAGAUCAUGGCGGCCGAUCGUGACAAGGGACUGGUAGUCGUAGGUGGCGAGUGCCCGACUGUCGGCAUCACAGGUGGUUACACCCAGGGAAGAGGCCAUUCGGAGAUCAGCACGAGCUUCGGACUGGCUGCUGACAACAACUCUGACUUGUACUUGGCGUUGAAUGGCGGCGGUGGGAGCACAUACGGUGUCGUGGUAUCCAUGACGGUGAAAGCACACAAGGAAACUGUGUUCGGUGGAGCUUCCCUGUCGUUCUUCGCGGCCGACAAUGCCCAGGACGUCUUCUACGAUGCGAUUCAGGCUUUUCACGAGGAGCUGCCAGCGAUGGCUGACGCAGAUACCAUGGUGGUACACUACUUCACGUCAUCACUCUCCAUGAUCUUGCCGCUUAAUGCGUACAACAAGACUGAGGUCCUGGUCAAGACCAUUCUUGCGCCUUUCGUUGCCAGGCUCGACGCCAAGAAGCUCAACUAUACCGUCAGCAUGCUGCCAUGUCGUCCAUGA